GAUCUGCCAUGGCAGAAGCGGGAGGCAAAUUGGCGUAUGGCCAUGGGUUGAGAUUUGGGAUGAAGAGGGGUUUACGCGGGCCAGCAUCUGGAGCAUGCUUGGAUUUGAUGACGACGUUAUGACCAGGUGGCCAAGUAUCAGGCGGCUUCUUUCCUAUUUUCCUUCUUUCUUCCUUUCUCUUUUCUCCUUUAUCUUUUCUUCUUCCUUUCUCUUUUCUCCUUUAUCUUUUCUUCCUGUAUCUUUUCUCCUGUAUCUUUUCUUCCUGUCUCUUUUCUCCUUCCUUUUCUUUCGUCUUUCAUAUAUUAUGCCUCCAAUCUCUUUUGUAUGAUAUCCAUUACUCUUAGUCUACCUAUAAACGAGUCGUACCGCUGUUAUAUUUAUACUCAUCG